AUGACUAUAUUAGCUAGAAAUUAUUCCAAUCGUAUAAAAAUUCUUAUAUUGUACUUCAUUGGCUACUUUGCUACAUGUUCACAGUUUCCGAUUACAUUUUUUGAAAAUGAAGAAACAAUUUCCAUUAUAUUCGAGCUAAUUCAUCAAAGUUCUCUUAUGUUGAAGCAAUGCUUCCAUGUGUUUCAGAAUUUAACAAGUAUUUCAAUUCCAAUUUCUCGAAUUUUAUUCUCAAAGCAGAUUUUAAACGUUUCUUAUGCCUCAAAACCAUAUUUUAGGAUACCAUAUACAGUUCUAAAUAUAAUUUCAACUCCGGAUUUUCAAUUUACAGACCAAAUUAUUCAAUCAUUAAAUAUAUUUGUACUAACUUAUACACAAGCAGGAACUAAAGAGCAAUCUGCAGCACUCUUGCUAAUGUCUUUUUUGCAAAGUCAUCAAAUUCUUGAUUAUUCCUCUUUUAAUUUGCAUCAAUACUUUGAAUCAAAUGAUAAAGACAUUAUAAAUUCAGCAUGCGAAUUACUUCUCUCAAUAGAGUCUCCUUCUUUCACUUAUCUUCCUGAUAUAAUCUCAAUUGCAACUCGUGGACUUGCUCCUAUCGAAACCACCUUCGAAAUACUUCUAAAAAACCAUGAGUCGUGGAGUGGAUACAAUAAAGAUGUUGUUUUCGAAUUUAUUCGAGAAUCUCUUAUAAAUGGAAGUUAUGACCAAUCAAAACUUGCUGCAAAGCUAUAUUUAGCGUAUUGCAACAAUGAAAAUGAAUGGGAUUAUGAAAUAAUAAAUAAUAUUAUUAAAUAUUGUGAAGAACCAGAAUUGGCCAUUGAAAUGUUUAAGCAUAUGCUACAGUUUGCCGAAAGUAUUAAAAAUGGAGAAGAAUUAGAAGGUUAUUCCGAUAUUUUAGACCAAAUAUCAAUUUAUAUUGACGAAUACCUCAUAUCAUCUAACAACGAACUUUCUGAACUCGCUUCUCUCCUAUCUAAUAUCAAAUCUGAAUAA